AUGGCGUCGAGGAAGCUCGGAGAGCAAAAACGAGAAUUGAGAACUGUGUUGGUAAAAAGAUUGCUGACGAAGAAGAGGAAAUACUCCAGAAACACGUAUAUUUGUGCGCUUAUUCAAAGUACUGUGAAAAAAAUUCUAGAAGUGAAGAGACCGAAAUCUCUUGAAAACCCAACAGAUGGUGAUCAGGUACCCAGAUUAAAUGGCUCAGUUCUUCCACCGUUACAGUAUGGAUUCUUGUAUACCCCAAAGAACAAGGAUUACAAGGCUCCUGAUGGAACCCUUCCACCACUCCUUGUCAAGGCACAUGGAGGACCAACAAGUUACAGCCCUAACACACUUAGGCUUCUCAUUCAGUACUUUACAAGUCGAGGUUUUGCUGUAUUGGAUGUUAACUACAGAGGAAGUAAUGGAUUUGGUACACAAUACAGAAACAAACUCAAAACAAAAUGGGGAAUAUAUGAUGUUGAUGACUGCUGCACAGGGGCUCAGUCUUUAGCUGAUGAAGGUCAAGUGGACAAGAAUUGUCUGUGUAUUGAUGGGGGAUCAGCAGGGGGAUAUACCACACUGGCUUGUCUGGCCUUCAAGAAUGUGUUUAAAGCAGGUACCAGUCUAUAUGGUGUAGCAGAUCUUGAGGCACUGGUCAGAGAUACCCACAAAUUUGAGAGUCGGUACAUUGAUAACCUUGUUGCUCCUUACAGUGAAGAAACCAAAAAGAUUUAUGAUGAACGCUCUCCUAUCCAUUAUGUUGAUAAACUCAACUGUGCAAUGGCAUUCUUUCAGGGAGAUGAAGACAAGAUUGUUCCACCAAAUCAAGCAGAAAUGAUGUAUGAAGCUGUAAAAGCCAAAGGCUUGCCAACAGUAUUGGUCAUGUUCAAAGGAGAGCAACAUGGUUUCAGAAAAGCUGAGAAUAUACAGACAGCCCUGGAUGGGGAAUUCUAUUUCUUUGCUAAAGUAUUUGGCUUUGAGCCAGCUGAUAAACACAUGUCUCUUGACAUUAAAAAUCUGAAAGGAUGAGAUGACAUACAUUUAUUUAAAAAAAAGACUAUUUAGUCAGAAUGCAAUUAAAUGGACACCUGUUUGAUACAUUAAAGCAAAUUUUAUAUCCAGAUUUUACAUAUUUUGACUUUUGCAUUGAUGAUAAAUGAGUAAAGUGCACUGAUUGCUUAAUGCAUGAUAAAUUUUAAAAGAUGAUCCCCAUGAUGUGCCCUUACAGCUUCUCUUAAAAAAAAAUGGAUUGGUUCACAGUCUGUAAGCACCUCACUGUACAUAAAUAAGUUUUGUUAUAUAGAUCCCUUUUUAACUCCAGUCCAAUUUACUUACAUAGCAUGUUUCAAUUUCAAUGUAAUAAUCAAUACAAUCUUUGAUCUGAUUCCAGCUUUGACUUGUGCAUACAAAUUCAUAAAAGCAAUUUUUUGAAAAUUCAUCCUAUCAUACUCAGUGAAAUUGAAUGGAAUGAUUUAUCUGUACAUAAAAAAAUGGCUCCAACACUCUGAAUGCCUUCAAGCAAUAAAUUAAAAAUGAAACAAUGUCUAAAUAAUUUGUGAUUAUCAAUUGUUUGUCUACAUGUAUGUAUAUUUAUGUUUAUGGUCAGGAGGCCCUGGGAAAGAAUAUUUCUUGUACUAAUCAUGUUACAUUUUUUUAAAUAAAGUUUUACUAUUAUUAUUA